AUGGCGUCCUCCUGGCUUGGCUGGCUGCUCCAUCGCGCUGGCCGUCCCUGGAAGCCGCUCGACUUUUCUCAGGCCACCCGCUUCGUCCGGCUCCCCGCAGAGCACAAGGUCGAGGAGGAGUGCCUCCCGGACUAUUUGGCUUCUCGCUAUUAUCCUGUCCGCCUCGGCGACGUCCUGCGCGACCAGUACCAGAUUGUAGGCAAGCUCGGCUUCGGCGCGAGCUCAACAGUUUGGCUGGCACGAGAUCUCGUUCGCCGUCGUCAUGUCGCACUCAAGCUCUUUGUCCACGCGCGCUCCAUGGGCGCACAGAACGACAACGAGCUCGACAUGUACCGGCGUAUGGCCCAGGUCAAGUCCAACCACCCGGGCCGCACUGCGGUCCGUCAGCUGCUCGACUCCUUCGACAUCUCUAGCCCAGACGGGGAGCACCGGUGCUUGGUCCAUCCUCCACUGUGGGACAGCAUGCUUACCUUUCUACAUCGCAAUCCAGAGGCCAGGCUACCGGCUCCCUUGGUAGCAUAUAUUAUGCAGCGCCUCUUCUUCGCGCUGGACUUUUUGCAUACCGAAUGUCACAUCAUUCAUACAGACAUCAAAGCCGACAACAUCAUGUUUGGCAUUGCCGACGACUCCGUGUUCGAGACCUUUGAGCAGGAGGAGCUCCUGAACCCGAGCCCCCGGAAGGAGGUGGACGGUAGAAUCAUCUACACAUGCCGCCAGCUGUCGAUGCCGAAAAGACACAGCGAUAUCGUUCUCUGUGACUUUGGCUCCGCGGUAGUCGGCGACCAGGAGCACACGGAAGAUGUCCAGCCAAACGUCUACCGAGCGCCAGAGGUCAUCCUUGGAGCUCCCUGGUCAUAUCCAAUUGACAUCUGGAACGCCGGGUGCAUGGUCUGGGACCUCUUUCAAGGUCGCCACUUGUUCACUGGUUACGACCCAGAACACCGCUUAUAUCGCAGCCGGGCGCAUCUCUCCGAGAUAAUAGCCCUGCUGGGACCGCCGCCAUCCAGCCUACUCCAGAGGGGCUCGCUUACGAGCAAGUUCUUUGCAGAAAAUGGAGACUUUGGGGGCGGAAUCUCCAGUCCCGACCCAGUAACUCUUGGCUCGCUUGAGGAGCGUCUGCAGGGCCAAGAAAAGGAAGCAUUCCUUCGAAUGAUGGAUUCCAUGCUGCAGUGGGAUCCUGCCAAGCGUCGCACAGCCUCGGAGCUCAUCAGUGAGGACUGGGUCAAAAUCUAG